AUGCCCCAGAUGCACUCCUCUCAUCCAAUCUAUCUCCCUACUGAGAUCCUCGUACAGAUUGUCCGCUUUGUGGCUGCAGAUGAAGCUGGUCGGCAAGAGGCUCUCUACGCAUGUUGCUUAGUAUCACGUCAAUGGUACUCUGCGGCUGUCGAAUAUCUGUAUCAGAAACCUCGAGUACAUCGUGGAAAUGCCUUUCAGCAGUUCACUGCGACUAUUUGUCCAGGUGUAGGUGCUCGAAGAAACAAGCUGAAUCUUGGAAGCUUCGUUCGCCGCUUGGAUCUCAGUCGCCUUGUGCAUCACAGCUCCAAUAGCUUGACGUCUAGACUGCUGGGUCGAGUCAAAGAGAACUUGGAGGUCUUUAUUGCUCCAAGGGUGUCGUUUGCUGUCAACAGCCUUCCAGCAUUGUCAAAAUGCACCAAUCUUCGCAUCCUUGAUCUGUCUUUGGUCGCUGAUCCAAUACCCUUUCCCAAUCUCAAGAAAGCCUUGAACCGUCUCUCACGACUCACUCUCCUAAAACUUCCUCGCUCAACCGAUCUCGAUCCUCCAGAAACCUCGUUAACAGCAUGGCCUCCUCUGCUUCAUAAAUUACAGAUCAGUGGCCACUUUUCUCUUGCCACCAUCCCUGCAUUUUCCUGGCCAAACGCUUUGACCAGCCUGACUUUAAAGAAUUGUGCUGAUCUUUCGGUAACGAGCAUCGCCUGUCUGUUUAGCAGCGCGCAGCUCAAUUCCCUUCGCCGUCUCACGAUAUCCCAUGCCAACCGCGGUCUUGAACCUGGAUCAGUCAAUGCCGUGACGGCAUUUCUCCCUGACUUGACCUUUCUCAACGUCCCCGGGGACAUAGUGGAUGAAACAUUGUUUGAUGUUCUAUAUAUUCUGAAGCCUCCGUUGGCUCUCGAAGUGAUUGAAUUGGAUCUGCCCUGCUCAGAGCCGGUUUUAAACUUCACUACGGAGUCGCUCAUCCAAACGCUAGACAAAGGCUUGUCCAACCUCCGCUCUAUCGGAUUCUCGGAGGUCUACUGCACCGAUCAACGUGUAGUUGAAGACGAGGUGGUUGAUGAGGCUCUUCACCGAAAUGCAGACCAGAGAGCCGGCUCUGACACUAAGGCAGAAGUUGAUGAAAUUGAAGUAGGUGUGUACUAUAUGUGA